AUGGAGACGAGGUGGACGCAGGGCGGGCUGCGACCGAGGGUGGUGCACGAGUCCACCAGCGACUGGAUACGACGCGUGGCGUUCGACUGGCCCAACGCGGUCAUGGGCACCGCGGCCGGGUCUGUGCUGGUGUGCAACUGCGAGGAACUCGGCGGUUUGGAGUACCGCGAACGCGCGCGCCGCCUUUUGGCGCGGCGUAAAGACGCGCACUCGCGGGAUUGGCGCGCGGUCGAGGACCGCGGACUCGGCGAGCGCUCCCUCCUCGGACUUUACGACGCGGGCGCGGUGACGGCUGUCGCCAUCGCCGGCGACCUCGUCGCGUCCGGGGGGCGCGACGGCAAACUACGCGCGUGGCGAAUCCCACCCGGCGCGGACGUCGACAGCCCGGGGCACCCCAGGGACGGCGAGCGGCUCAUGUGCGUGGGUGCCGCGGAGCACCCGGAAGUCGUCACGGGUGCCGAGUUCGACGUCGCCGGAGGAUGCGUGUGGACGUCGUGUCUCGACGGGAAGAUUCGUCGUUGGGGGCUCGGCGGAAACGACGAGGACGCGAACGACGAAACGGACGACGAGGACGAUGCCAAGACGUUGGAGCUCCUCGGGGAAUGGUCCGUUGGUCAGGCGGCGCUGUGCCUCUCCCUGGACCCGAACGCGAGGGUUUUGUACGCCGGCACCGCGGACGGAGGCGCCGUCGCGAUGGACGCCGGGUCUUUAAACGCGAAUGACGACGGCGACGGCGAUGACGCGGGCUCGUCGUCGUCGUCGUCGUCGUCGUCGUCGUCGAUCGGGGCGACGCUCGGGGCGUGGACUGCGCACGAGGACGGCGUGACGCGUUCGGUGUCGCACGCGCGGGGCGGGUGCCUGACCGGGAGCAGCACGGGGGCGGUGUACGCGUGGCGCGUCGAUCGGCGCGAGGGGGCGAGUUGCGUGUCGCCGUCGCUCGCCGCGAAGAUGAUCGGUCACGCCGCGGCGGUGGUGUCCAUCUCCACGGGGAAUCCGCGGCACGUGGUGUCGGGGGCGCACGACGGGACGGUGCGCGUGUGGAACGCGCCCGAUCUCACGCCCGACGACGAGGACGGAGAGGAGCGCGGCGGCGGCGGCGACGUGAAGAAAUCGGAGUGCCUCUACGCGGUGACUGGGCACACCGUGUGGCUGGGCAGCGUGCAGGCGGACGAGACGCGGAUCGUGUGCGACGGCGCGAACAACAUCGCGAUGUGCUACGACUUCAGCGAUGAUCCCGACGACAACGGCGACAUCUGA